AUGAGGUUGUUCCGGGGGUCGCUUUUACGAGUUUCAGGGUCUGGCGGCAUCGUACGAGACGCUCACCCGUCCUUCUCCACCAUCGACCCAUCACGUGACGGUGCUUCAGUGUUGGAGGAGGCCCGUGUUCUCAGAGGAGAGUCAAGAGCCAAGUCCUCACGAAACUUCGACUUCAGAAUCGCCCAAAUCAACUCAAACAAAAAAAGCAAGAUGGCUCCGAGAAGCAUCAUGACAGCCUACCCUCACCCCCACCACCGACGCUACGCCUCGCCACCGGUAAGCCCAUCUACCUACAAUCCCGACGCAAACGACAUCCUCGCCGAGCUGGGCCUGCGCGCCGACGACUCGGCCUCGAGCGCGGGCGAUUCCAGCACGGGGUUCUCGACCGUCGACUCGGGCGUCAGCGUGAAUGGGGGCGGGAGUGAGGGUACGGGUACAGGUAGCGGGGCCGGAGGCCGGAGGAGGAGGCGGAGAAACCGGAACCGGAAUGGGAACGGUAACAACAACAAUGGCAACGGCAGUGAUCGGUCCGCGUUCAAUGGCAGCGGUGGAAGUAUCAACAUUGAUAACAAGAAUGGCAACGGCGGGAACUUGAAUAGGCAGACGACGGUGGUGAUUCCCCGGCAGGGCGGGGACCGGGAUGAGAAGCCUGUGAGGUUGCAAAUUGGGCUGAAUCUGGAUGUCGAUCUGGAGCUCAAAGCCAAGUUGAAGGGAGACAUUUGCUUGUCUCUGGUAGUGGAGAGGAAAUUCUCCAAACGCGAAUCGAUGCGGGUGAAGCCCAACUGGAAGGGCGAAGUCGACGUCAAAGAAAUGUUCCACAUGCGCCUCGGCAAGUUCAGCUUCAGACAGCGGUGGAUCGACCGCGAGGUCAGCGAGAGUCUGACGGCGGCGAUUGGGGUCUCGCUUGUGUUGGGCGGGUUCGUGGCUGGGUUUGCGGCGUCGAGAUGGCUGUGCUGA